AUGGAUGACGCGGUGAACUCGACGGCCAAUGAUACGAUGCAAUGCACGCAGGAGCUGCAGAUGGAUGAUAUUUAUAAAUACGGUUUAAUAUUUGCAUACGGUGUGGUUGGUAUUCUGUCGCUGGUCGGAAAUUUGGUGGUCGUCCUGAUUGUGAUUUGCCGACGUGAGAUGAGGACAGCAACUAACAUUUUUAUUUCGAGUGUGAGCGUGGCAGAUUUGGUAAUAACCCUGUUCUCACUGUGGGCCAGCCCGUUAGCCUACUAUUAUCGACACUGGUACUUUGGCGAAGCCAUGUGUUACCUGGUCUACAUGGUUCAGGGCGCUUCAUUAAUGUGGGCACCGCUGGCGUUGGCGGCAAUUGCGGUCGAUCGAUAUUUGUUGGUGGCCAAUCCGUUCAGGCAACAAUUGACACCAUGCAGUUGUCUCAUGGUGAUAGUAGCCAUAUGGGCUGGUGGAUUUAUGGUGUUAUCACCUAUCUUCACUCACCUACGGUAUUAUGAUUGGGGUCCGUGUCAUAAAUACUGCAUCGAACAAUGGGAUCCCCAAUUCAACCGCCUUUAUUAUGGCGUUUUUGUACUAUUCAUCCGAUCUUUCCUGCCACUCACCGUAAUAUCCUGGUGUCACUAUCGAAUUGCUUCCAUCCUCUCUUCACAAAACUCCAAGCUACAAAAACAUCGCUCCACAACCACAAUUGGGGCAUCUUUGGACAUCCGGCGGAAACAACGGCUGCAAAAGUUGCUACUAUCUAUGGUAUUGAUUUUUGCUGUAUCGUCACUACCUAUGGAUAUAUUUAACGUAUAUCAAGAUGUGGAAUUAAACUUUAAGUUUAAUCUAUAUCCGCAACGAAUAAUCGACGUGUUGUAUUAUUUUUCGCACUGGUUGGCAAUGACGGGGACGCUGUUGAAUCCGUUGAUCUACGCUUGGUGGAAUGAUAAUUUCCGGCGUCAGAUUAAGCUUAUAUUCCAAGAAAUUCGGGGUGUGCGCCAACCUCCAUUCCACUCCUCGUUACACGAAAAAUCUAGAACUGAGAAGAAUCAUGACAGGGUUACUGAGCAACAGAUUGUCCUGCACUGUGCUGAUGGCGAAGACGAGUCUAAUGAUAUACAAAUC